UUCUUCGUUAGGAAGUGUCAAUUGGUAAAAGUAAUGGCUGGAUGGAGACCGUUUCAGGCGGCAGGUAAUUUGAAAAAAUAAACAAAGAUAAAGACUCAAACUACCCAUAAUGAAAGAACGUAUUUUAUUCGAUGAAACCAUUGAUUUGAGCAUACAAGUUAACUAUACUUAGCAGAAGAAGAAGAGAAUACUAUUUCUCUUUUUUGCAAGUUAUUAAAAGAUUGAUUUUAAUUCUAUAAUUUCUUGGCGUUUUAUUAAAAAAAGAAGAUUGAUUUCGCAUAGUUUUUGUUUAUUCUGUUGUUUCCCUAUAACGACUACUGAACAAAAAAAUAUUUAGUCCCUAUUAGAACAGGUGCGAGACCAUUAUUUAUGAACCCGUAUGAAACAGAUUUAUACAAAGUAACUCCCAUUCCUGGAAAAGGAAUGGGUAUGGUUGCGAAAAUUGACAUUCCUGCAGGGACAAGGAUAUAUUCAGAAACACCCUUGAUUCGAACAAAAAGCGAUGCAAAGGAGAUAGAAGAAGCCCUUUCAUCGAAAACAAAAGAGGAACAAGAGGCUUUUCAUAAUCUAUUCAAUGCGCAUCCUGAUACCAUGGGUCCGUUCUUGGGACCCUUUUAUUCCAAUGCUCUUACGAUUGAUGAAAGUAAAGGUGGAAUGUUUCUUUUGGGUUCGAGGAUGAAUCAUGAUUGCAGUCCAAAUGUAAAACAUACGUGGAAUCCAGUUUUGGAUCAGGUUACCGUUCACUCAGUUCGUGAUAUCCAUGGUGGAGAAGAAAUUUUGACUACCUACAUCGAUUUACAUAAAAGUCGGGAUAAACGGAGAAAGGUGUUAUUGGAACACUUUGGAUUCCCCUGUAGCUGUAGUGCAUGUUCAGUAAAGGAGAAAAAGGAAGCUAAGAUAAGUGAUAUUCGAAGAAAGCAACUAGCAUAUUAUGAUCGUACAAUUGCGAAAAUGUGCAUUAUGAAUCCUAGAGGUGCGCUUCGUGUUUUACGACACAGAAUCUUGAUUGCUCAUCAAGAAAACCUUUUUGGGCGGAUGGAUGUUAUUUCAUACCUCGAUGCUUUUCGAACAUGCGUGGUAUACGGCGACUUUAAAAGAGCCUCCAUAUUUGCUGAAAGAGGUCUUGAAGCUCUCGUGCUUUGCGAAGGUGUAGAUUCGUCUCGGUACGAGUCCAUUGCAAAAUAUGUGAAACAACCGGAGCUACAUUCUUUGGCGGAAGGUGUACGGCCCAUGUCACUUGUUCCCGUAGACGACUUUCAAGAUCCGGAAGACUCACUAUGGGGUUGUGAAAUGGAACAGGACGUCUAUAGUGAUAGUGACUAGACCUUCUUUUGAUAUCUUAAUUGGUGCAUAUUAUUAGGCACUGGAUUUUUUUUGGAAAAAAUAGGAGCAUUUAAUUUUACGUGUGAAGAAAGCUUUUAUUGGUUUUAUUAUUUUGGUGGAAAUGCUUAAUGGAAAUGAAUUUGGUGUAUCACCUUUGAGGAUUAAAAUAGCGUUGUAAAAAGUUAUAAUAGCGAAG